AUGGACGAGCCUAGCGCCGCCAAGCGGCCGUCCGUGCUAACUAUAGACAGGGCGGCCUUUCUCCUUCUCAGAGUCAAGAGAGCCUUUAAGAAGAAGAGACAGCAACGAAAAGAGAAACAUGCGGCGGCUACAUCUGGCCCGGAGGUGCUGGUAUGUCGCAAGGCACCUCCUCCGCUCCUGCGAUCAAGAACUCUGCCGGCCAUCAUCGCACCAGGGUUUUCAAUACUACACGCACAGAUUGACCCUCAAAGAUCUACUGAUAUAACACAAAGUCAGCUUCUAUGUCGAGGGGUAUCCACGCAUAAAGUCUCCGGACUUCGUGCUCAUGCCCCCCGGAUUUCCUUCAUCAAUAAGGAAGAAUCUGAUCCUCAUGAGCUUAGACGGAAAUCCGCCACCAGCCGGCUUGGUAACUCUCCCCGAUCAAGCAUAGCUAGUGAUGAUAGAAGUGAUGGACUAGCACUAAGAGUCCCAACUCCUAGAGGUUCAGUAUCGAGUACUAGCAGUUCCAGCGCUGGUUCACGCCUGGCCAGGUUUCUGACUCAGGGUGUCCGCGGCCCUCCUGAAGAAGGAGGAGCUGAUACUCCAAGAAGACUUAGCUGGGAACGUCGUGAAUCAGGCGGCGGUCUUCCACGUUCAGCGAGCAUCGAUUCAGUGGUUGAGGCUGCAAUAUGUGCCCGUCAUUAUGAACCAGCGACGCUUCAACUGCCGAGGGCAGACAGAGCGUUAAGCCUUGUAUCGCCAGCUGUGGGCAGACGAGCUAAAUCACAGAGAGGUCAGACAGGUCAGUACAAAUAA